AUAAUAGGGUAUAUGCGCAUGAUUCAAAUAACGAUAAUUUUUUUUCAUAUAAUCUCUUUUCCUUUAGAUUUAUAAAUCUAUCAAUAAUUUUCAAUAUAAUUUUGUUUUGAAUAAGAAAAUAAUUAUUGCAAAAUGCACAAAAUAAGCGGGAAAUUCAAAUUAGUUGAAACGCAUUGCUAUUGGUCAGAGUAGUUUGUGACGUCAAAGUCUAUAAUAACAAAUAUCAACAAGUGCUAUUGUUGAAUGCUUGCAACGAAAUUCAGUUUUUUUGUGAUUUUGAGUUGAUAUUGAAGUGAUAUUGUUUCGUAAAAGAGUGGCAGGAAAGUCACAGGAAAUGACUGAUAUUGGUUACGUCAAGGCACAAUCGGACAAUCUUCCAAAAAUUGAUGUGUUUAUGAUGAACGCGUAUUUCACAUCAAAUUCGGAUUUUACGUCUACUGAAAUAAAAGGAGUGAAAGCAGCAAGAUCUGCACGAGAAACAUAUGGAGAUUCUGCAGUUGGAUAUGUACAAGUGAAACGGGAGGGUAAUAUAUGCACUGUGAAGGCUCGAAUAACUCCAGAACACAAUGUCCGACAGAAGUGUUAUUCUGUAACACUUGUGUGUGAUGAGGCUGAAGAAACUGUUUUAUCAGUACAAUGUGAAGACUGUGCAGCUCACAAGGGAGGGUGUAAACAUGCCAUUGCCUUUUUAGCCUGGGUACAUAGACGCAGUGAAGAGCCACCUUCCACCAGUAUUGAAUGCUACUGGAAAAAGUCAAAAUUGUCAUCAGUGGGCACAAGUCUUAAAUUUAUUAAGGCGAAGGAUAUGUGUGACAUACCCAAGAAGCAGCCACAACCUGUAUGCGAUGCUAAUAUAGCACAGGCUUCAACUUCUAGCGGGGAAAGUUUCUUGUCUCUUUUAAUAAAAUAUAGUAAAGAAGUUGGUGACACAGACAAUCAACUGACGAAAUAUUAUAAUGAACCCAGCGAUAUUGAAAAACUAUCCAUUCAUUAUUUGGUUAGUAUGGUGCAGGAGGACAAACCAAAGACCCCUCAAGAGUUUAUUGACUAUUGUAAGAAACAAAUGCAUACAAAAAUGUGUAAUGAAGCUGCACAAGCAAUAUAUUGA